AUAAUACCAAGUUCACUUUCGUCGCCUCAAGAAUGUCCAAGCGUGCAGCAGGCGGCCGCGGCGGUCGGUCCAAAGGCGCGGCCGCGCUCAACCCCGACCUCGCCAAAGCCGCGGCAGAGGUGCUGAGCGCGGGGGUGGUGGUGCAACAGGUCCUCGACCCAGCGUCAGGCGCGGCCGCGCCCGCGGGUGCUGCCCCCCCGACAGCGCCAGCAGCAGCAGCAGCUGCGUCACGGGGCGGGGGCAGCGGACCGGCGGCUGUUACCUACGGCCUAAGUGCGGGCGAGGGCGCGGCGGGUCCCGCGGGCUAUGCAGAUGACGACCCCGGCGGGCUUGGCGGUGGUGACCGAGCCGGCGGCGGCAGGGCAGCAGCGGCAGCAGCAGCUGGCAAGCCGCCACCAGGCGGCGCGGGUGCUAAGCGCGCUGCUGCUGCAGCUGCUGCUGCAGCUGGAGCCAUUCCUGACACCGCUCUGACCGACCAGCACGGCGACUACCCAGACGGACUCUCGCCAGACCGCGGCGGCGGCGGCGGCAUGGGUGGCGGCGGCGGCGUGCCAAGACUGGGGGGUAUCGGCAGCGGCGUGGGGGUGUUCGGUGCGGCUUCGCCACCUCGGGCUGCGAUGCUGCCCGGGGACAUGUCAGGCGAGAUGGCCGCUGCUACAGCCGCCAUGACAGGCGGCGGCGGAGCCCGGCGCUACAGCCUGGGCGGCGGCGGCGGAGGCACCAGGCUGCUGGGCAGUGCCCGCGUGGCGUACCGGCAGCAGCAGCAGCAGCAGGUCCAGCAGGGCCAGCUGCUACAGCUUCAGGCCGCGGUCGAGGAGGCUGUAGCACCUGGAGCCGUCCCACCGCAAGCGGCGGCGUCUGCUGACGGCGGCGUUGGCGGCCAAGUGGAAAUCCCGUACCAGCUGCAAGGAGAGGAGGCAGGCGGCAAGCAGAACGGCAUGCAGGAGGGCCAUGAAGGCGGCGGCGAUGGUGGUCGUGGCGGUGGUGCCGCCGCCGCCGCAGCUCGAGCGGUCAGCAGUCAGCUGCGACAGCUCUUCACAACGGCCGCGGCGGCGGCGGCGACCUUGCUACAGCCUGUGCUGGCGGCGGCACGGCCGCUGGUGGCGUCCCUGCUGGGCACUGGCGUUGCCUCGGCAGUAGCAGCGGACCAGCAGAACGGGAACGCUGCUACAGCCGACGCAUUGGGCAAUAGCAGCAGCGGUGGCGGCGGCGGCGGCGGGCGCGGCGCGCUGUUGCGUACGCUGCUACUGCUGCUGGCGGCUAGUGCGGCGGUGUACGGGGCGGGAGUGGGCGGCCGGCAGGCGCGGCGGCUGGCGGCGGCGCAGGGCCGGCUGGGGUCGGAGGUGGCGGCGCUGGCGGCGGCGGCGGCGGAGGGUGACCGCCGGGUGGCGGCGGCAGCGGCGGCGGAGGCGGCGGCGCUGGCGGAGCGAUUGGCGGCGGGAGAGGCGGCGCAGCGGCACUCUCAGGCGCUGAUGACGGAGCUGGCGGGCGGCCUCAACGCCACGCGGGCGGCGGUGGCGGACCUGGCCGUCCGCGUGUCGGCGCUGGCACUAACCCUGGAGCAGAGCGAGGCGGUGCGCAGCAUCUCCCCUCCCGCCCCUCCCGUACCCACGCCCGGGAGUGCCGCUGCGACAGCGGGUGCAGAUGCAGGUGGAACAGUCGACGCUGGCAGUAGCACCGGCACCAGCAGCGGCAGUAGCAGUAACAGUAACAGUCUGCGGGGCCUGCCGGCGUGUCAUGUGCGCCGCAUGGUGGCGGCGGCGGGGCCGCUGCUGGCGGCGCGGGUGGUGGCGCACUCGGCUGUAGCAGGGGAUGAGCAGCCGCUCAUGUGGCUGCACGCCGCGCUCAGCCGCGUGUUCGGCGGCGGCAGUAGCAGCAGCGGCAGUGCGGCUGGAGGCGGUAGCAGCGGCGGCGGCAGUAGCAGCACCGACAUUGGCAGUGGCAGUGGCAGUAGCAGUAGCAGCAGGGUGAAUCCGUUGGCGCGGCAGGUGACGUACCCUACCACCACGCCCGUGUGCCUGCCACUGUGCCUCCCGCCACCGUCCCCCACCGUCUCCUCCUCCACCUCCGCCUCCACCUCCACCUCAGUACCCUCUUCCCCGCCGCUGCCACCAGUCACCAGCCCGGCAACGCCCUUCCUGGAGCUGGAGCUGCUACAGCCGGCGGCGGUGGCGGCGGUUAGUUUCCGUUACCCGCCGUACGGAUCUUGGGAUACCCGUACGGCGCUGCUGGAGCUGUCGGUUACCCUGUACGAGGAGGUAGCGGAGGAGGCUUCGGGGGAGGCGCCGGGUCAGAGGGGAACAGCAGGUGUCGCUGGCACAGGCAGUAGCAGUAGCAGUGGCAUCAGGAGCAACAGCAGUAGCAGCAGGGUUGCGCUGCGGGCUCGUGUGGUGGAGCUGCCGCCUUUGCGCGGCCUGGAGUGCCAGUACCUGUCAUUGCCUCCGCCGCCUCCGCCGCCGCCAACGGCUGCUCCGGCGGCGGCGGCGGCGGCGGCGGCAGUACGGCCACGAGUACAUGCGGUGCGGGUGCACGUGCUGCGAAACUUCGGGGGCGUGGGUUUGGCGUGUGUGCCGCGUGUGUUGCUGCACGGGGUGGCGGCGGCGGGUGAGGAUUACUGACUGGAGUGAAGGGGCGAGAACCGCGCGCGGGUACCGGUAAAGAAAUUAUCGAGUUCGCAUGGAAGUCCUUGUACUCCGCAAGCGGGUCCAUGGGGGAUCUACGGUGACUAUAUGAAGGAUGGCACCACUUAUUGUGCGGUGCAAUGCAAGGCAGUGCAACGCAAUUCAGUGAGGUGUGGCGGUUGUGCGCGGGAGGCCUUGGGGGGAGCCGUGACCUGGAGCCGUGGAGGUGUGGAGUGGCUGGAGUGGACGAGGAGCGAUGCCCCACUGUGGAGCACGCCAAAGAGCCUCUAUUUCUCAAAAUUGCAGCACACUGUUUCGGCUCGGUAUGUGUGGAGUGGGGAAGUCAACGGGGUUUCCCCCGAUCCCAUUGCACACACAGCACGACUGGUCGCGCCUCGCGGAGGUGGGGCAACCCAGCGUGUAAAGCGUUGUGAUGCUUCAUAUAAUUGUAAGCACAACUGAUC